AGCUGUAUCAACUUUCCGUUUAAGUAGUAUUCGUUCUCCGCUAUUGUCAUUCAGUAAAUGCGGCUCUUACUUCACAAGAACUUUUACUAUUGUGACGACUACCAUUCAGCCAGACGCAGUAACAUCCUUGUCUGCAUUGUACUCUUGAUGACAGGCGCAUCUUGGGAUUUUCGCCAUGGAAAACGACUCUCCGGCCAGUUCCUCCAGUACUUCUUCGUCCGAAGAAGAGGAGGAACUCCUUUCUAGCACAUUGCGAGGCCAUGGGUGCGGUAUCAAGAGCGAGUUUGACAAGACCCCUCAUCAAUUUAUGCCUGAGGGAAAGGUAGAGAAUUAUAUCACCAGGGACACUGUCCUGGCCGCGCUUGAUCUAACAGAUCCAAGAAAGAAGGAAAGGAAGGAAAAGAAGAAUGAAGAGCUAGUGCAAUUCGUCCUGACCAAAGCAAUGAAGAUAUUUGCGAUUCUAGUCUAUACGCGACUGGAUCGGAGCGCCUCUCACUUACGCAAAGCGAUGGAAUUUUUUAAAAAGAAGAACUGGGGCGAUAAGAAUUUACCGUUCAGAUACCGUGAUGGCGAGUUGGUCCCUAAAAAUGCAGAGAAAGACAAAUGCGAGAUUUGGCAACAGAUUUCCUCCGCAGGAUCGGUUCUAGCAGAGGAAAAGGGGAAGACGCAAAGUGGAACAUGGCGUUGGGACUUUUGUGAGUCUCAAUGGAUGUUUCUCGCGCCUGUGUUCUCGACAGAGGAGGCUAAUCACGAUCUCGAAGAGGAACUUAUCCUUCCUUUCAUAAAAAAACAUACCGACUUACAUCAAGGAUCGUUCGGCCUAGUUUCGUGCUACAAUAUUCAUGAAAACCACCUACAUGAUCCAUCCAACCCUCAAUCUGUAGGGAGCAGAACUAUAGCCGUUAAGGAAAUAAAGGCAGAAGAAGACGCUGAAGAAGUCGCUAAACACUGGGCAGAUGAAGUAGGCGCCCUCCAGAUGAUGAAUCAACUCAACCACUCCCACAUUGUGCGCUUUAUAACUGCUUUUCGUCGCAAUACCAGGGGUGGGCAAGAGCAUUAUUUGAUGUUUGAGUGGGCGGAUCAUGGAAAUCUCCGGGGCCUUUGGAAGCAAGACCCGUCCAUCAAAUCAACAGCUCAGCUAGUCAAAGAUGUGAUAAAGCAACUAUGGGGACUUGCUUCAGCUCUUGACCGUGCUCACAACCUCGGUAAAAACAAUUCCUCUUACCGCCAUGGCGAUCUCAAGCCUGAGAAUAUUCUUCGUUUCAGUGGCGGUGGAUCCAUCGGCACGCUGAAAAUGGGCGACUGGGGCGAGGCCAAAAUACAUAAUAUCAACACGGAACUGCGCCCAAGCAAGACAACGGCAAAGUAUGGCACCCGACGUUACGAAUCUCCGGAAGUCAUAACUGGAGUGAGACAAAGCUUUCUCGGCCAACCAAGGAAACGGCGUUCUCGCUUAUAUGAUAUAUGGGCUAUGGGCUGCAUCACCUUGGAAUUCAUCGUUUGGCUUGUUUAUGGACGGAAAAAACUCGAUGAGUUCAACCGCAGCAUUCAAGGAGAGUCUGGUGAAAACUCACCGUUUUAUCAAAUCCUUGAGGUAGAUGGAAAGAAGGUGGCGCGAGUUCACGACGACGCAGUGCGUUGGAUGGAAUAUCUUGAACAGGAACCAGCUUGCAGGAUAGGAUCCACUGCCCUAGGAGAUCUGCUUGAUCUGGUUAAGAACUCCCUUCUCGUAGUAAAACUACCUCGACGAUUGGGAUCAAAUCUAAGUCGCAUGGAUGAACAGGAAGGUAGCCAAUCUCUCUCACACGUUGCACACACAAGCCUUUUUACGCCAAAGCCGUCUCUUCGUAAAGACUCUUUUGGUAGCUUUUCUGGGUCCAUAAUUGGGUCUACGACACAACCAGUCACACCAGUGGAUCUCCCCUCAAUCACAGUGACACUCGCAGAGACGCAAGAGCCAGAGAGAAUACCUGCUCCUCCAGAAAAAGAGCCGGAGGGACCUGCUCGCUGUCUAGCAACCGACUUUCGGACUCGACUGGAACAUAUUUUGGGAGAGGAUGAAGACGAGAGCUACUGGCACAUCAAUCAACCACAGCCUCUCUCUGCAUUGGCAUCAGCUAAUCAACCAGUCACAUCCAACUUCAAUAUUGAGCGAGGGGAAUCAUUCACUACCAAUUCCGUAAACAAGAGCAAGUCAUCCUCGGCUGGCCUCACAGCUCCAACUGUAGAAAAGGUGGAUUAUGCAUCUCCUGAACUCGAUGAAGAUGACUGGAAAUACUUAGUCGAUACUGGAUUUGCCUCCAAGCUCAUUAAAUCGCUGGGAUUGAAGCAAUCAGCUGAUUCCCCGGAUGGACAGCCAUUUUGUUCUUCCUGUCCCAGCUGCAACGAUUUUCGCAGCCAACUAUGGACGCCAGGAUUCUCGAUCACAUACAAUGUGGCCGAUCUCGAAAGCCGUGGGAGCAUUCCCGGUUGUGAGGUUUGUGGUUUGCUCUGGAGAACUUGCAAGCGGAACAGUGGUCGAAGCUCUUUGACAGUGCAGUUCAAUCGCGUUGGUUCUACACUAAGAAUGAACAGUGGUGGCUUUCCAGUGCUGUCGAUGGUCCGUAGGCCGCUUCGAAACAUUGAAUCGAUCAACGAUAUCCAAAUUGGAUUUGCUGAACUCCCCACAGAGGGUGGAUUCGAACAUAUGGAGGUCGUCAGACAAUGGCUCCGCGACUGCGACGAAAACCAUAACCCGAAUAUUUGCAAACCAGCUGAGCACAUAUGCGGAAGCCGAGAUGCGAAAGUGCGACUGCCUACUAGGCUGAUAGAUGUAGGGACAAACGGCACGGUGCGACUAUGGGAAACAACCGCAGAAGAUGUCGGAGAAUGGAUCGCGCUGUCACAUCAGUGGGGUCCAGAGCCUCAUUUCGCAACAUAUCCCAAUAAUGUUGAAGAGCAUAAACAAGGGAUUGAGAUAGGAAAACUUGCAGCUACUUUUAGAGAUGCUGUCAGAGUCACUCGUGCACUUGGCCACCGAUAUCUUUGGAUCGAUUCCAUUUGCAUCAUUCAAGGUCCCGACGGGGAUUUUGAGCAAGAGGCCAAACGUAUGGAAGACGUUUACAGUGGUGCCAACUGUGUCAUCGCCGCUAGUUGCUCCACCGAUCAUUUCUCGGGGUUCUUUCAUCAACGCAACCAUCGAGACAUUGUGAACAUGCGUCCAGAGGGGAAGAAUGACAUGCCUUUCGCAAUGUGUCAGACUAUCGAUAACUUCAAAGAACACGUACUCGAGGGUGCUCUGAACCGUCGUGGUUGGGUUCUUCAGGAGCAUGCUCUCGCCCGUCGAACCAUCUUCUUCACGGAACACCAGACCUACUUCGAAUGUGGCGAUGGUGUCCGCUGCGAAACUAUGGGUAAAAUGAGAAAUACGCAAGCCGCACUCCUCGGCGAUCCCAACUUCCCACAAAUUCUCUCACAUGCUGCUGUGGGUGAAAGGAUUCUUCGCUACCAGAAGCUUUACUCCGAAUAUAGUCGUCUCGGGUUGUCCCAAUCAUACCAACGCCCCAUCGCCAUAGAAGGUCUCCAGCAACGACUUCUCCGCACGAUGCGUGUCGAUGGUGGCUUUGGGGUCUUCGACGGGGACGCGACUCGAGGCUUGUUGCGUCGCAGCUUAUUAUGGUGUCGUGGGAGCGAUACAGAAAGCCUUUCACCAAUCCAGUUCCCAACAGGAGGUGUUCCAUCAUGGUCGUGGAUGGCAUACACAGGAGGUAUUGAUUAUUUGGACAUCGGUUUUGGAACACUCGACUGGGAAGAUAUACAAAGUCCGUGGUCAAGAGGUGGGGGCCAGUCGAUUGAGGGUCCCCCUGUAUUGGUAGCAAAAGCAAGAGUAUAUGACCCCGGUGCUGCGAAUGAAAGUGAGGGGGCGCUAGUAUGGGACACCCCGAAAAGUUCUUUGAGUCAACUAAGCGAGACAUUGUGCGUGGUAAUGGGCAAAGAGAAAGGAAGUAUGCCAGAUCAGGAUAAAAGACAUGCAGUGUUGGUGAUCAAGCCCAAGGAGAAUACUGUAACCCCCUCGCAGCCGAAGGAUUAUGUGAGGAUUGGAACUGGGUUCAUGCCAGGAAAAUGUAUUGGGCCAUCCUUUGUUAAAGUCAACAUUCAUUAAAUGCGGUCGGAGGGGAGUUGCUUUCCUU